AAAUUCUUGUUUUAGUUGCAAAAGAAAAACGGACGGAUUCAAACUUGUUGCGGUUAAAAUUAUAAUGCGUUUAAGGCGAGCAGUUGCAUUGCUGCUCUUGGUGUUGCCAUCCUUUUGCCUGGCCGAGGAUGUGGUGUUGAAGUGUGACGAGUACAAUGAUAAAAUCGGUGGCAUGGAAAAGUUCUGUACCGUGUCGGGGUUUCAGGUUACGCAUUCGCAAAAUAUCAAAAUAACACCAUAUUAUCGGGCGAAUCAAACCAAUUUUAUGAAAUUCUACAAUUCGGUGCUGUUGGAUAUUCCGGCCAAGCUGUUCGAUGUGUUUAGCAGUUUGAAGAACUUGGAUGUUUCGCAUACCGAAAUUGGGGAUUUGUCGCGUAAUACCUUCACCUCGGCCAGCAUGCUGAACACCCUGAAUUUAAGUUAUAAUUUAAUAGAGAAAAUUAACACAUCGGUGUUUGUGGGGGCCCAUAAUUUGAUGCGUCUUGAUCUGAGCCACAAUAGGAUACAUACCCUGGGGUCGUUGGCUUUUCGGGGGCUGGGAAAUAUGAAUAAGGUGAUAUUGUCGCAUAAUGCCUUGACCUCAAUACCCACGGAUCUAUUUUUGGAUAAUGCCUAUAUGGAUGCUGUGUAUUUGGAUUACAACCAAUUGGAAGAGCUAAAGGCAGAGGUGUUCCAUGGCCUGCGCCACAUCAGAGAAUUAAAUGUGGCCCAUAACCGCCUGAAGCAGUUCGAUCCUCAGAUAUUUCAAAAUUCCUAUGGACCUGAAAUGUUGAUAUUGGCCUUCAAUGAAUUGACGGAUUUCCAGUUGACGAACAAAACAAUUACAAAACGUUUGGAUUUGGAUUCAAAUCGUUUGAGUCGAUUGUCAGUUAAUGGCACCUCCUAUAUAUCGGCCAACAACAAUUCCAUAACUCAGGUGGAGGUAUGGAAUGGCCAGGAUGUCAAUACGUUGCUUUUGAAACAGAACCAGCUAAAGGAUAUCAACAGCAUUGUUUCGCUAACCCAACUAAUCGAACUGGAUAUCUCCUAUAAUCCGGUGGGAAAUCCCAAUAUUUCCACUUUUCAAAAUCUGAAACAUCUCACCAUGCUCAACUUGAGAGCGACGGGAAUUUCAAAACUUGCCUUUGGUAUGUUUGCCAAACUCGGUAAUUUAGAAUCACUGGACUUGGCCUACAACAAUUUGACGGAAUUGAAUUUGGAUAUGUUUGUACCGGCCAAUGACAAGUUGCGUUCAUUUUUUGUGGAUGCCAAUAACUUGACGGAAAUCCAUGGAAAAUACAGCUUUGCCAAGGCCUUUCCUUCCCUUAUGGAAUUGGGCAUAUCCAGGAAUCGCUUCAAUUGUAGCUACUUGCAUUGGCUGUUGAUUAAGCCCCAAUUGGGUGAUUUUACAAAGCUGCACAUUGAACACGAUGACAGUCCCCAAGAACAGACCCACAUACGUGAUGUCACCUGCCUGUCGAACAAAAACGAGGAACUACUCAAAGCCGAACACGACUUGGCCGAUUCCAAACAUUUUCAAAAUUCCAUGAAACAAUCCCUGGAUGCGAUGAGUGAACAUGCCAAACAAAUGCAAACAUAUCUAUUGGUACUCUCCGCGAUUCUCUCACUGCUGGUAAUUUUGGUUGGGUCGGUGUGUAUCCUGGGUGGCAUCCACUAUUGGCGUGUCCAGCGGGCCAAAUAUUUUCAACGUCGUGGUGGUGUCAUUGUCUUUAAUUCCAAUGCCACCGUUAAUACCCAUGUGGAACAAUAAUAGUAGCCAUAUUCGUGCGGCUCUCUCUCUUCAAGGAUAACAUAACUUAACAAGGAUAACACAUCGGAUAAUCGUCGAGAAUAAUUUAAAUAUAUAUGUAAUUUAAUUAAUAAUUGCCGUACAUCACUAAUUGGAUUAAAACGUGAAAUUGGAGUGUAAUUAUUUUGCAUGCGAAAUGGUAAA